AUGUAUUACAUUUCGCUACUAAUAUUUCUUCUAAUCGUGUUUACUACGACUGCUGGUACCAAUCAUGUGACUCCAUACAGUUAUAUCAACAAAUGUUGCCCAAAUGAUUACGUGGUCGGUGUUAAAAUGACAUGCCUCAAAGUGACAUACAAAGUUACCUUUUCCGAAAAAGUAUAUGAUAGUAAUGUGGCCUACAUUGGAAGAUUUAAUGAUGUAUUUCACAUUAAACCUAACAAGUUUGCAGACAAGAGUUUUUUGCGAUAUGCAAAGAAGUUUCCGCCUCUACUAGAUAACAAUUUGUACGUAACCGAUAAUGGGGGACUUGAAUGGGAGCUUCCGAAUUCCUACAACCGAUGGACUCACAUACCACCCUCGAACUUUUGUAUCGACUACAAAUUUUUUCCAAAGAAUAAUGCGACAAAACUUGGUUACUGGAUAACUCUACCAACUAGCCAAGACACACCAAAAAGCAACAUAUACUUAACCAGUGCUACACUGGUAUCCUGCUUCUUCAUGCUGUUGGUGCUGAUAGUAUACUUCUUGUUACCUGAACUCCAGAACCUAUGUGGGCUAAUAUUAAUGGCCUACGUCGCCAGUCUACUCAUGGCCUUCUUACUUUUGGUCAUCAUUCAGAUCAAAAUUCACCCUGCGAACACUUGCGUGGGAUUAACUUUUUCCAUCUACUUCUUCUUUCUGGCGAGUUUCUGUUGGAUGAGCGUGAUGUCAUAUGAUAUUUGGUGGACCUUCAGAGGUUACGCUAAAGCCCGCCCAAUCCAUCGUCGUGGAGAACGGUUCAAGUUCAUGAUGUAUUGUCUAUACGCGUGGGGACUGCCGUUGGCCAUGACUAUAGCUUUCGGUGUCCUCAACUCGGUCAACAUGUCGCAUAUGUCGUGGUUCGUGACUCCCCACGUACCCAGUCGUGGCUGCUUCCUUGAAGGUGGUGAGAAACUGCUGUACCUGUACAUGCCAAUGCUGAUUCUAAUUCUUUGCAAUUGGAUGUUCUACCUCAUGACUGCAUUCAACAUUUGGAGGCUAAGUCGCGGAACUGCUAUGCUUGAUACAGCCGCAGCUGGUACGCCACAGGCACAUCGUACUCACAGGCAAAGAUUCAUGGUAUACCUCAAACUGUCAGUAGUGAUGGGAUUGAAUUGGUUAUUGGAAAUCAUCAGUUUCUUGUAUCCUGGCUUCAAGAUGUGGUAUAUAACUGAUUCGUACAACGUUCUCAUAGGUCUGGCCAUAUUCUUGAUAUUUGUUUGCAAGAAGAAAAUCCUUAAGAAACUGGUAAAACGAUACCUUCACAUGGAGAAGAUGCACUGGAAUCCAUCUUCCAAGAGUUACACCAGCAGCAUAUCGGAUUCCAAUCAAGAAGCAGUUACUUUGCAGAGUAAAAUAUCUUCCCAACCCAGCGGCAUAGCGAUACACAAUAGGAGUCGAAUGGAUUAA